AUGGCUCUUUCCAAGGCCUCUUUGGCGCUCGUUCUGGCUUUGUUUUCGGCCAAAUCUUUGCAAGCUCCGACGCAGUCAACGGUGAACGCAUGCAAUGCCAUCAGCAAAGCUAUCCCAGGCAAGCUCUUCAGUCCCGGGUCAUCAGGAUACAAGGAGGAGAACGAAGAUUACUGGAACGCCGGACUUUCAGACCUGAAGCCGGCCUGUAUCCUGAAGCCGACCACUCCCCAGGAAGUUGGUAAAGCUUUCCAGGUUCUCGGGGAAUUUACGGAUGUGAACUUUAGUGUCAAGAGUGGUGGACACGACCCGAAUCCUGGACAUUCUAGUAGCCAAGAUGGCGUUCUGAUUGCACUGAGCAAGAUCAAGGGAACGACGUAUGAUAAAGCUACUAACCUAGCUCAAGUCAAGCCUGGAGGGCAGUGGGCGGAUGUCGUUGGCCCAUUGGAAAAGUUCGGCGUUACUGCGGUCGGGGGCCGUCUAGAUGUUGUGGGAAUUGGUGGGUAUUUGGCUGGAGGAGGACUUUCCUUCUUGUCGGCGCAAUACGGAAUGGCUGCAGAUUCUAUCGUCGGAUGGGAGCUGGUCACAGCGAAUGGCUCAGUUAUCAACGUUGAUGCGAAGACCCAGCCAGACCUUGCUGUGGCGUUGCGUGGUGGUGGCAAUCAAUAUGGUGUUACCACCAAGUUUUCCAUUGAGGCCCAUCCCAUCGGAAAGGUCUGGGGAGGUAUACGGAUAUAUGCUGGCUGGGCCGAGCAGGAAGUCUUCGCAGCCCUGCAUGAUUUCAUCGGCAAUAACAACAAGGAUCCGAAGGCCGCAGUCAUUGUCAACUCUAACAAACUCGUUAGUGGAGUUGCAAUCUAUAUGAUAUUCUUCUUCUAUGACGCCCCCGAGGCUCCAAAGGGUGCCUUUGGAAAGUUCGAAGAUAUCAGCGACCUCUUGGAUAUGACUGGGACAUAUACAUACCCCGAACUCCUCACGAAAAACUCGAUGGGAGCAGAUAGCCUCUCGAACAGAGCGUCUUUCCGCAGCAUCACUCUCCCUCGCAUCCCUUCCAGACCUCAGUUCUACCGAGAAAUUGAGGCCCAAUGGGAGACCAUCUUCAAGGACUAUGCUCAAUCUCACCCUGGCUCGAUCGUAGUUAUCGCAUUCCAGCCAUUCCCGGCCAUCCUGGCCAAGAACAGCGCCUCCCGUGGCAGUAACUCGAUGGGCUUAACAGCAAAUGACAAAGAUCGCUUCGUCCUUGAGAUCACGGGACAAUGGUCAUCCGCCGAUGACGAUAAUACCAUCUGGGAUCUGUCAAAGCAGCUCACCGACUGGAUCGAGGAACAGAUCCCGCAAGUAACAACUCCUGAGAGUGAACAGUACUUGCCGCUGUUCAUGAAUGACGCGGCCUUCAGCCAGGAUGUCUUUGGAUCAUAUAAGGACGUCGAAAAGUUCAGGGCCCUGCAGAAGGAAAUGGAUCCUACUGGCUUCUUUUCCAAACGCGCAGGCGGGUUCAACGUUUAG